AAACUAAAGGCCACACAUACAAUGAAUAGAUAGAAUAAAUAUUAAGUAUACUAGAAAAUUCUAGUCUAAGUAUAGUUUCCAUUUAGAUAAAACUGAUUACACUAGAAAAUUCUAGUCAAUAUAUUGUUAGAACAUUUCUCACUUUAGAAUGAUAACAUGGUCCCUACAAAUAUAUUAUCUGCAAUUAAUUUAAACCCUUGCACGUAUGAGUAUAUAUGUGUGUUUAGAGAAUCAUCAUAUCAUGUUCAUAUACCCUUUAUACCCUUUUGGUGAAUCUUUGGCCAAUAUGUGUCCCUUAACACGUAAUGAGUUAGAACUGAUUUUUAAGAAGCUAGAUUUAAAUAGUGACGGAUUUGUAACCCUUGAGGAGCUGAACCAGUUACUAAAAAGAACAGGUUUCAAGUUUAGCAUAGAGGAGCUUGAAUCUCUAGUGGGAGUGAAGAGUCUAGACAUGAGUGAGUUCAUGUUAUUUUAUGACUCCAUAAACGGGGAGAGAAAAGAUUGUGAUGAGACUGAGGAGGUAGAAAGUGACCUUUUGAAGGCUUUCAAGGUGUUUGAUUUGGAUGGAGAUGGAUUCAUAACUAGUAAAGAAUUGGAAUGUGUGUUGAAGAGGCUUGGCAUGUGGGGUGAAGAAAAGGAUUGUAGAUCAAUGAUUUACUCAUAUGACACAAAUUUAGAUGGCAAGCUUGAUUUCAAGGAAUUUAAGAACAUGAUGUUGCUUACACUAAAACGUAUUUAGAAUUUAACAUUGCUAAAUCGUGAAAGAAUUGUAACCAUUGAAUUUUAGAGCAUUUUAGCAAGUGCGGAUGUUAGAAGUAUGUUAAUGGAAGUCAUGUUAGAAGCUAAUAAAUGAAAAGCCAAAAGCUUAUUAGUUGCAUUGGAAAAACUAACAUAAGUUGUUAUAGGCUGUUAGAUGUCA